GGAGGGGUGUGUCUGGGGGAUUAAUUGAAAAAGGAUUGCGUGUGGGGUUGGCAGCCUGAUGGAGGGCAUGUCUGUGGUUUGUACAUUUAGGGGAGCUGUUUUAGGGGGUUCUGUUUUGGUGGAGGGUGUGACUAGUCCCCCCUUCCCCCAAUGUUUUAGGGGCAGAGGGGGCUUGGGGGCAGUUAAAGAGAAGAGGGAGAUGUUUGGGGUGGGGAGCGUAUGUUGUUUCAGAUGGUGUGACCCAGAAGUGAUUAACAGUGACCCAGCUGCACCCCGGCAAGCUUUUCUGAGUCACCCGACCACACCAGUUCCCAGCUUGGGUCCAUCAGCAGUAGGUGUCGGCAAUGCUCUUUCAUUGGAAAUUAAAGUGGAUCCUGAAGUACAAGCUUUUGUUGAUGAACAGGUGACCCUGAAAUGCUCAUUCAGAUCCUUCUCUCCCAUAACUCAGAAGCUGACUGUAGACUGGACUUACCAGCCCCUCACAGAUGGUCAUAUGGAGACAAUUUUUCAUUAUCAGUCUGUUGCAUAUCCAGCUGUAGUGGGAACAUUCAGAGACAGGAUUUUAUGGGUUGGGAACAUUGCCAAGGGUGAUGCCUCCAUUGCUAUCCGAAAUCUAACGAUGAAUGACAAUGGGACGUUCACCUGCGCCGUGAAGAAUCCCCCGGAUGUGCACCACAACAUCCCCCAGACCAAGCUGACAGUCACACAAAGAGGCUUUUCUUUCCAGCUAACUUCAGCAGUGUUGCUAUCCAUCUUAGUGUUCCUCCCCUCUGCCAUUGUGGUCAUUCUGCUGCUGGUGAGGAUGGGAAGGAAAUUUGGAGUCCUAAAGCAUAGAAAAAAAUCUGGCUAUAAGAAAUCAUCCAUUGAAGUCUCUGAUGAGCCUGAGCGCACUGAGCAGGGCACCUGCCUGGGGAGGAUGGGCACAUGGUGUUUGCAGUGUGUGGACACUGAUGAGGAGGAACCAUAUUGAUGGAAGGCCAAAGCUGCAGAUGAAGGGAGAAUGUGCAGUAUUGAAAAUCCCUAUCCAGAAGGCCACUAGGACCCUUGGAUGCCCAGUGACUCUUGGCACGUUGGGAGAAGAAUUCUGAGAUGGGAGAAUCAACUUUUAUUCAGCCAUAGGAAUGAUGAUUUUAAAAUCUUGUUAUUUAUUGAAAAAAGUAAAUCUUUUGUAGUCAAAACCCACUUGGCAAUAUCUUAAGGCAGAUAAACCUAAAAUAUAGCUUUCAAUUUAAAGAAACCACAGUGCUUCCAAUUAAACAAGCUCAUGCUCUUCUAACAAUCUGACUCAGCACAUUCUCUGGUGUAGAGUUUGUGUCUGUCAGAUUGUUCCCUAUAUCACAUGACUGACUGUCUGUCUUCCAGUUUCCUUAAGUUGAAAUUGCCUAAAGCACCGGCUACUUAGGAGUGAGAGGUAGCACCUUAAACAGGUGGUCUUGAGACACAUAGCAAAAGUGUCUUGUGUUACACUGGUGCAUCCUUGCUGAAGUGUUACACCAGCAUGACUGAAGGCUGGAUUUGGCCCAUUGGGCAAAGGACAUAUCUGAGUGUCGGCUGAAAGGAGCUUGCUGCUUUUUCAUUGCUUCCUGGUGUCAUCUGCCUUAUAACGAUGGGGUAACUAUCUUAUGCCUCCCAUCCUUUCAGCUAAGGUUUUAAAAAGUUGUCAGUUGCAUUGUAAUGAAACCCUGGUAUUAUUUGCUUUGAAUCUUCAUUACCCAGCAAUCUGCAGCACCAGAUAACUUCAUUCUAAGUACAGAAUUAUUUGUAAAAGAUGAAGUGUGACUAAUUUGCAGCUAUUUUCCCUUUAAUAAUGGCAAAUGGUGGCUAGGGUGCCCCCAGCUCCGUCUGUCUGGGCCAUCAUCUCAGGGCAAUGUCUAAGGGAAGAACCCUUUGGGCUCUAUUGUAAAAACCACCAUACUCCUCCCCUUUACAUAGGUUCAGAUGAUGAGAGAGCAGCUGAAUAAACUUUUGCUGAGUGGGCUUCAAAAUGGCAAAAGCGACCAUUAAUAAUGUUGUGACCAUUAAUAAUGGUGCAAUGGCUGACUCUGCUGUGCUGAGUAGGGCAUUCAGCAUCUGCAUGAAUUGAACAUUGAUGGACGUUGUUAACUGUCACAUUUGUCACAUUUCGUUUUCUCUUCUACAAGUGAUAUGGUGCUGAAAGUGGAGGAGAAUGGUGCAGAGAGCUUCCCUGGUCAGGGUCCAUAAAGUAAAAUGCCUCCAUAUGUAGCUGCCUUCAUCAUAGACAGGCCAGGAGGUGUCUAGUGAGUUGUGUGAAAUUCAUGGGCGGAUGGAGAAAAUUCUCCUGACUUUUUUUUCACUUUUUCCACCCCCAGCUCCAACAAUAAGUAUUGUGAGGACAGAGGUGCUAUGCUCAGAGUAUUGUCUCCUGUUUUAGUUCUGAUCUGUCUCUGUAAUGAAUCCUGCAAGACAAGGAGCAGUGGGGAUAACAUAUGAGGCUCUGUAUUCUUGUGUUUCUAGGACAGGCUAAGCAAAACUUACCAUUUAUUGUCAUCUCAGGAAGUCCAUUUUAUAGCUUCCAUCCAUUGAGGGCUGCAUGGGAUUCCCAGUACAGCUCCCAGUCUGCCCAACAGAGGCAGAAGUCUUCCUGCAUACUUCCCCUCUGCAGGGACUGCACCUGGGAACACAGCUCUGAUGUUGCCUGUGGAACUCGUGGGUUUCUGCGCAAGUCUGGGAGUGUUAGCAUUGAAUUAGAUGGGAACAGGGUUGUAUCUUGUCCUAGCCCUUCCUUUGCUGUUCAACUGGGAAGUGCCUUGCCUCAUUCUGGCAGGCCUCCUGGCCUCUGGUUGCCUGUAAUCCUAAGCAUCUGGUGCCUGCGUUUACACAACAGCCGGCAGGUUUAAAGAUCCCAGUCUCUCGUUAAAUGAGUGUAUUGUAAAGAGCCGUGUCCCACCUGCUAUGACCUGUUGGGCUGCGAUCUGGCAGAGUUGCCAUAGUUCUCCGCAGCUCAAAACUUGCUGUAACUCCAGGAGUGAGUUUGAACUUUUACAUGUGCAAAUGUUUAAUGGAGAAUUAUGAAGCUACCAGAAGGCUGGGCACCUAACUGCUGCCCCAUGGUGCACAAGGGGUGGAGAAUCUUCUUUCACCAACCCUGCCCAAUAAGAAGUAGAGAGGACAGGGGAAGCAGUGACCUUCAUCUCCGCUAUCUCACUUGCUUUCUCUAUGUGGCAUUAGCUGGAUGAUCACUUUUGCUGUAGAUGCAUUGCUGUGUCAUGGCCAAUAAAUCAUUUUGUUUUAUUCCAGGCCACGUUUUUCUUUAUUUGGCUAGAAAUAGGCGGACACAUGGUUGAGUUUGAAGAGGAGCUUGUGAAGCUAUCCGGCCUGACUGAUCCCUGUGAACUUAAGAAAGAGUCAUGGUGAUGAUGGGAAAUAUGCUUAGGAGCAGAUUUAAAUAGAAGAGAGACCACAUACUCCAAUCCCCAGCCACAAACUCUGGCAUGGGUGUCUCAUUAUCAGUGUGGUGCUAUGUAUCCCAUCAAUGGGGUGUAAGCUGUCGUGCCAUAUGAAUCUGACUGUCUAGUCCAGAGGCUGUCUCUCUAAGUAGCAUAGCAACAUAGUAUUCAGGGCCAGCUGCUGGUAGCUGCCUUGACCACAACGCACAAUGAUAAGAAUUUUCUCCUUCCACAGCUAAAGUGUUUUUAUAAGUUUGAACUUACUGGUGAUGCAGUGACUGUCCAAACCAAAAGUUACUGGCAGGCUAGAGGGAGCUGGUUUUGCGGUCUGGGGAGUAGCUAACUGCUCAGUGCUUUGCAGAAAUAACCUCACGUUCUACGGAACUUUUCUGUCCAAGGGAGGCCAAAGCAUUUACAAACAAUGGCCAAAUCCUGCACUCGAUUACGCUGGUACAAAGCGAUACUAACUUCUUGAAGCUCGUGGCUUUGCUCUGAAUUUAGAAUGUGUGAGAGCGCAAAAUUUGGUUCUUACUUUGUCAGCUAUAUGGAAAUCCAGCUCUGGAUGGAUCACACCAGCAGUGUAACAGCACCUGUGUAGGAAAAGAAGCGAAGCGGGAUAUAUGUUUGUGACGCAUGGCCAGAAAGGCUUAAACAUCCUGCAAAAUAAAUAACCCUCAAAAGACAUGUGGGGAGACAAUGUUUGUGUUUUUGUGUAUUUACAUAUGUAAGAAUAGGGUGAAGAUGUAAUCAACAGUUCCUGUCUAGGCUGUAUUCUGAUAGUUCAGAGGUCAAAAGAACAUCCUAUUAUUUAAAUAAAUUGUAAACACAGGAUAUCUCUGUAUUCAUCUCUCUUUGAAAUGUAUAGAAAAUAAUCUGUGAAUGGUGGAGGAACAAGCAAAUGGCCUUACGUUAAUUCUACAGCUAAGUACUGGUGAUGGACUUCCUUCAAAGUCAUGCUAAUUACCUUUUGAACUCCAACUUGUCAAAAGACAUGAAAUUGUAUAAAAGAUCUUUGGGUCCUGAUUCUGUCAUCUCAGAUCUGCUUAGGCUUCAUCAGGGGAAGUUUGAGUCACAAGACUGAGGUCCCAGUUAGGCUGGUAUGCCCUGAAUAUGAUAUUUGGACAUUGGACUAUAACCUGUGAAUUCUUUCUGAAAGAACUCUUUGCAACUACAAAGCUCACCAUCUCUGCUAUGAAUCUGAACCUCAAUGAAUUGAACUCGUGUCUAUGCAUAUUGAACUUUUAACCAGACUCUCUCUUGUUUUUAAUAAAGUUUAGUUUAAUAAGAA